GAAACUCAGGGACUGCAGGUAAAUGAACAGCACAGGAAUCACACCACAGGAGCACAAGGUCCAAAUACAUCUGUAUUUAUAGGUGUUUUAAUGAAACUAUAACGGGACAGAAGGCGAGGUUUAGCAGGGGAAGCGUGUGUUUGAUUUUGGUGGUCUGCGCUGAUGCAGUUUAAGCUGCCUGGUGGAAGCAGACGCGGAGUUUCAGUGUGAAAAUAAAAGUGAAAGUAAAACUGAUAUUGGGACACGGAUCGAAACUCCAGCGGACUGACAACGAGUAAAUGGUACCUCCAUGAUGGCUCAUCCCACUGAAAGAGCUGCAGUGCGAGCGUGUGCACUUCUCCUGGGCUGUGACCUGAUCCUCUGGCUGAUUCUGGUAGCAGGACUUCUGUGGUUUGAAGGCACCUUUAUCCUCAGCUUGAGCUGGAUAUGGGCAUUCAGGGCUGUCUGCUGGUUCCUGCUUAAUCAAGUCGGUUCAGUGCUUGUGGAGAAGAUUGUCCAACCUCUGCUGAAGCGCUGGGUUGUUUUGCUGUGUUUUUUGCCUCCUGUGUUUGAUACUGUGCAGACGCUGGUUCCAGGAGGAGCAUGUGGUUUCUGUCCUGUUCCUGAUGCAGGCAUGGUAAUCCUGAGUGCAGUGACUGCCACACUGGUAUAUAUGGUGUGGGAGAUGGCAUUCCCCUCUAAUGACUCUAAAAAGGAUGCAAAAAAGGAGAAGAAAGACCAAGAGGCCAAAGCUCUCCUAAUGAGAGUGAUUCACUACUCCAGAGCAGACUACCUUCACCUGGGGGCCGCCUUUAUUUUUCUCAUCUUGGCUGCUUUAUUUGAGUCAUUUAUUCCUUACUAUGUGGGGAAAAUCAUUGAUGUCUUGAAGGGAGACUACCAGCAUAGUACCUUCAUGUGGGCCAUUGGGCUCAUGUCACUCUACUCUUUUGGAAGCUCCUUGUUUUCUGGCUUGCGAGGAGGCAUGUUCAUGUGCAGCCUGAGCAGAUUAAACAGGAGAAUUCGACACAUGUUGUUUCAGAACCUAAUGAAGCAGGAAAUUAGCUUCUUUGAAGACAACAAACCAGGAAGUCUAACAUCCCGGCUGGUUUCUGACACUGAUAAGAUGGGCCGUUCUAUAGCCAUGAAUGUGAAUGUGCUUCUGCGGAGCCUUGUGAAGACGUGUAGCAUGCUCGUCUCCAUGCUGAGUCUGUCCUGGCAACUCACAAUCCUUACAUGUGUGGAGAUGCCUCUGCUCGCUGUGCUGCAGAACAAUUACAACACAUUAGCCCAGAAAACCAACAGAGAGCUGCAGGACUGCAAGGCGGAGAUUGAGCAGCUGGCUUUGUCUACAGUUGAUGCUAUGAAGACAGUGCGCAGUUUUAGGGCUGAAGCCCAGGAGCAGAGGAGGUAUGAGGAGGCCCUGGACAGGAAGCUACAGGUUCAAACACGCAAAGGCAUUUACAGUGCAGUGCACCUCCUUCUGCGCAGGUUUGUGUCAGUGAGCCUGAAGAUCGCCAUGCUGCUUCUAGGCCAAAAUCUCAUCACCUCUGGUCAGCUAAGCAGUGGAGGCCUCCUGGCUUUUGUGCUGUAUCAGAAAGACAUGGUGACCAACAUGAGGCAUCUGGUGUAUGUUUAUGGAGACAUCCUGAACACAGUGUGGUCAGCAGAGAAGGUGUUUCAGCUGCUUGACAGAAGAGCGACAGUAAGAGAAGCAGGCGACUUUGUUCCUCCGAAACUAGAAGGAAGACUCACGUUUGACAAUGUUACCUUCUCUUAUCCUUCUCGUGAGGCACUUAAGUCUGUAAGUCUGGAGCUGAAACCCGGGAAGAUGACCGCGCUGGUGGGCCCGUCUGGUGGAGGGAAGAGUACUUGCGUUAGUCUGCUGCAGAGGUUUUAUGAGCCUCAGAAAGGAGAAGUGCUAUUAGACGGUGUUCCAAUUUAUCGCUACCAGCAACGGUACCUGUGCAGUCAGAUGGCAGCUGUGUCCCAGAAUCCCGAGCUCUUCUCUGGCUCAAUAAAGUACAAUAUUGAGUACGGGCUACAUGGCUGCUCUGAAGAGAGAGUGCAAGAUGCAGCAAAGAAAGCUAGUGUGAACAAGUUCAUUCAUAAUAUGGAUCAAGGCUAUGAUACAGAUGUUGGACAGCGUGGGGAGAGGCUGUCUUCAGGACAGAAGCAGUGCAUUGCUAUUGCCAGAGCUAUGAUAAGGACUCCAAAAAUACUAAUUCUUGAUGAAGCCACCAGCAAGUUGGACAGCAACACUCAGCAUGCGGUUCAGCAAGCCCUCUCAGGUGCAGCAGGUCAGACCGUACUGGUGGUGGCACAUCGCUUGCAGACUAUAGAGAAAGCAGACCACAUCAUCUACAUGGAAGAUGGGAAGAUUGUGGAACAAGGAACACACGAGCAGCUCAUGUCCAAAAAAGGAAGCUAUUAUGAGCUUAGGGAGAAACUGUUUACACUGGAUUCAGAUCAACAAAACUAAAAACACUGUAGUUAGUCAUGGAAUAUUAAUAGCUUUUCUGAGUGAUGUAUAAUUUUAUGCAGUUUUUACUGGACAUUUUCCUGGAUAUGCACAUCAUGUCCAAAAAGAACCAAACACUCGAUUCAAAAUUUCUGUUAAUAAAAGUGCACCUAUUGAGGGCGCAUAUAUUUAUUUGCUCACACAGCUAUAUGGGUGUAAAGCCUGCAUUUAGCUGUGGAUCAGUAGAAUUGUGUUCUAUGGAUUGAUGGAACUCCUGAUGGUAAAUGUGUUCUGGGUUGAGAUUGUGAUCGAGAAGUUCUCCUUUAACAUCAGUACUGGUCCUCACUAAAGCUCUUAUGACUGAAGGCAGUGAAAUAAUGACAAUAUUGGCCCAAUAUCUUUGGUCAAUUCAUGUCACAAGUAGGGUUGCAACGGUAUGAGAUUUUCACGGUAUGAUAACCGUCUCGGAAAAUACCGCGGUAUCACGGUUAUCACGGUAUCACAGUUUGUUACAUAUAUUAUUAAACUGACCCUUAAAGAAAUUACAACAAAGUUUUUUUGUUCAAUUAACUAUUUAUUGUAGAAACUACACCAUCAGGUGAAGGAAACCAUGUUUUUCCACUACUCCUAAGGGCAUUAAGAGUGUAUAUAUAUAUAAAAAAAGUUGGUAUAUAACCAGAUACUGCAGAAAGAGGGGAUUUAUUUCUGACAUGAUCCUCACAAUAGAGAUUUCUAUUUUAAGGCUUUCACACCUUAAAACCUUCAACAUAUGAAAAACAGGCACGUCAGAAUUUGAAAAUUAACGCAUGUAAAUGAAUGGCGUCUUUCACAUCCAGUCCGGCCAGGACCUUUACACGGACACGUGAAUCCAUCGUAGCACGCACUUCACGCCUGUACCUGCGUGCCCAAAUUUCGGAUAACUCAGCGCUUUUGCGGGCGCUUACCGCAUGGGUUGUGCACGACUACAAAGAAGUUUUAUUUAGGUUAUUUAGGUAAAAUUAUAAACUGAACACAUACUUUGCGCUGCACAGCGGGGUGGUGUUCUCGGAGAUGGGAGAACAGGUUUGAUGUAUUUCCUCCUUUAGCUGUGACUACGGCCACAUUGAUUACAAGCUUGUUGAUUACAAGAUUACAAGUCUGUUUUCAGGCUGUUUGAAUGAGCGAAAUAUGAUCAGAAUUAUGUUAAUUAACACUAACAUAGAAGCAUAGAACUAUUAUUUAAUAAAAAUGAUUUUUAAGAACAGCUAAACACAGUGCGGAGAAGUUCACGUGCGAGAGAGAGAGAUUUGCGUGUUCUGAUGUGAGCUACUCACAGGUAAAGGUUCUCUUUUAUCUCCUCGUGCUCAUUUUAGUCCAAUUCAUAAUUCUGCAGUUUCUCAGUGUUUUCUGUCGUGUUUUGCGGCUAGCGCGAGCGCUUACAACUAACACCGCGGACCGCGAGGUGCAGCCGCGCUGCCGCUGUUAUGCCGAAUCCGACUCCCUGCUCAAUCCGACUCCAGCUUCGCGGACAGAAUCGGCACAACACCUCCCGCUGUAGAACUGCGGGAGUGAAAACAGCGCUUAUAAAUAAGUUAGUUAAGUUUCACUUUCAGUUUUCGUUAUUUGGUUCGUUUUCAUGAACAAUAAUAAUUGGUUACUUAGCAUUAACAUUGUGACUAUCACACCAGAGCUUUAUUUAAAAAUAAAAUAUAUAAUUAAAAAACAGAUGCCUACAUCUCAGACUAUUUUCUGGAGCCCAACCCGACCCGGCCCGAGGAAUGUGGUGGGAAAUCUCGGCCCGAACGGACCCGAUUUCGGGUCGGUCCUCGGGUCAGGUCUGGUUCGGGCAGAGAAUCUAAGCUCUAGUCUGAUGCACUUUCUGCCGUUCUCACCACUGUGUGCUGAGUAGCUGAAGCGGAGCAGAGUUGCGCAUGCGCGGGUGACUUUCUCCGCUGGCUUGCGUUUUACCGGUAAUAAGCAAACACACACGGUAUGAUAACCGUGCAUUUUAAUACCACGGUAUACCGUGAAACCGGUUACCGCUGCAACCCUAGUCACAAGAGUAGAGGCUGUACACAAACCACUAAUUAAUAUUCUUGAUAUCAGAGGGACUGUUAUAGGAACAACUGUCUUCAUCUGUUCCUGUUGUAUUGUGUGCAUGUUUGAAUUUUACUUUUCUUGUUCCAGUUCCCUAAAAGCAUUUUUCUGUAUAAUAUUAACUGGUAAAGAAAGUGUUAAGUGAGAUGCUUUUAAAAUUUUAUGUAUUUACUAGGGGUGUCACGAUUUCGAUAUUUUAUCGAAAUUGAUCGAAAUCAUGUCAUGGUCUCGAUCAUCGAAGUCAAAAAGAUGAUCAAUGAUCCCUCCCUCUAAGCUACAGAAGCACACGCGCUCGCUAUGCAAAUGGCGCAGCACACUGUAGCCGACGCCGCGGUCACUGUGACUGCUCAAAGAGCAGCCCUUUCUCCAGAGAAUGUGGACAUUCUCAUCUCC